AUGGAGCAAGAUAGCCCCAACACGAAAAAAUUCAAACGGGCGAAGGAGGUUCCUAUUUCAUCCUCACAUGCUUUCGCACAUUUAGAAGAAGACUCCAGGUCGACCGCAAGUAGUUUUGUGACAGUUUCCGAAGAUCCUAGUUUGGAGUGGUGGACCCAAUGGCAGACGCUGGUUGGAGUUCCUCCAUCAUCACCGCUAUAUAACAUAACCGAACAAGCAAAUCUGUUGCAUAGUGAUGACGUACAAGUUCCAUCGCAAUCCAAUGCUGCCGUCAUAUCGGACGAUCACAGGUCCCCCAACGUGAAGGAAGAUAAAUCAUUACCAGGAACGCCGGGACACGUUGUCGAACUGUCAUCACCAUCGAUAUCUUCCCGAUCGUCAUCCUCAUCCUCAUCAGCCUCGUCGUCUUCAUCAUCAUCCACAAGCCAAACGAUGACACCUCAUCAGCCAACAGUGUGUAGCAGUCAACCUUCCAUCGAUGAAGUGUUUAUACCCAGUAAGGAGAAUAAUAGCACACCAAGUACAAUCAAAUUGCCAGUCACUGAAAUCCCAACUGAGUCAACGCCAUCGUCCUCGACAGACAAUCCCGUGAACAAUAACACAUUUCUCGAACUGCCAAAUUAUCCCGAAAACCUACAAAGCCGUAUAGAGAAGUUUAAAAACAAUUGGAAAAAGGGACACAAACUGAAGCGAAUUGUUAAACAAGAUGGCAAGCAGUACCGCAUAAUAAUAUCAGCAGACGGGGUAGUGAAGGUAUCUCUCCGAACUUCUGCAAUUGGUCUCUAA